AUAACGCCUGGCAAGGCUACAAUGCUACCCUGCUUGCCUAUGGACAGACAGGUUCAGGAAAAAGUUAUUCUAUGAUUGGAUAUGGAGCAAAUCGAGGGAUCAUUCCAGUUGUCUGUGAAGAAUUAUUCCGAGCUAUUGAAAGCAACCAAGAGGAUAACAGAAGCUACCAGGUAACAUUCAGCAUGCUGGAAAUAUACAAUGAACAGGUCACAGAUUUGCUGUCUAAAACGAAGAAGUCUGGAGGCCUAAAGGUGCGGGAGGACCAGCAUCAGGGAUUCUAUGUUGAUGGCCUGAAACUAGUUCCAUGUGAAAGAUAUGCACAAAUUGAAAGGUUGAUGGAUCAGGGGAAAAAAACAAGAACCACAGCCUCAACCAGUAUGAAUUCCAGUAGCAGCCGCUCCCACAUGGUCAUCACUAUUCAUUUUAAACAGAUUUUCCUAGAAGAUGACAUUACCAAGCAGUCUAGUAUAAAUCUGGUGGAUCUUGCUGGCAGUGAGAGACAGAAAUCAUCUGGUUCUGAAGGGGAUCGUCUUAGAGAAGGCGUUUGUGUUAAUUUAAGUUUAACCACCUUGGGCAACGUCAUCAGUGCACUUGCUGAUGCUGCCAUGGGGAAGAAAGUUAUACAUAUUCCAUAUAGAGAUUCUGUCCUGACAAAACUUCUGCAGUCUGCUCUGGGAGGAAAUAGCAGAACGGUUAUGAUUGCAGCAGUGAGUCCAGCAGAUAUAUGCUAUGAAGAGACUUUGUCAACGCUCAGAUAUGCUGAAAGAGCAAAGAAAAUUAAGAACAAAGCUGUAAUCAAUGCAAGUCCCACAGAGCAUCUUAUUAAAGAGCUGAAAGCAGAAAAUAACAAGUUGUUGUCCCGACUGGCAGGACUGGGGAAAUCAGGAAAAAGGGUGGAGCAAGAAACAAAAGAACUGCGUCGGUUGCUUACAGAAAAUGAAUUGCGUAUUCAGGCCAUGGAAAUGACUUGGGAGCACCAGUUACAGGAGGCCAGGAAAGAGUGGGAGCAACAGUAUGUCGUAAUCACACAGGAGAGACGCAUGAUGCAGGCUUUUCCUUAUCUCCUGAACAUUAAUGAAGAUCCACAGCUGUCCGGUGUACUUAAGCACUUUAUACAAGAAGGAUCAUCUGACGUUGGUCAAGCAGCUUCUAAUGAAAUAACCAUGAGGGCUCUAGGAAUCUUACCGAAACAUGCUACAUUUAUCAACUUUGAAAACAAGGUGUUGGUAAAGCCGUAUGGCAAGGCCAAAGUCAUUGUUAACGGAGUGGCCAUUUUUAUGAAUACUAAACUGCAGCACCUGGAUCGAAUAAUUCUUGGGUCAAAUAGUGGAUAUCUAUACAUCGGAUUCCCAGCUGAACGUGGAUGUGAAGAUAUCAGCAAGUUUGACUAUGAUUUCUUUCAGUCUGAACUGGCAGCAGCUGAAGGCUUCAGCGUAGAUAAACUGGGUGCUAUACACAAUAAAGAUGGUAAACCUGACCCAAGUGUCCUAGCCGUCUUCCAUGACUAUAUAAAAUUGAUUCCCUUGGUUGCUGAAGCAAAUCAGCUGAGUGAGGAACUUAUAAAGGACCUAAAGUUUGAGCUGAAGGUGAAAAAUUUGGCAUUGACUGAUUCCAGGGGCUAUGAUCUUCAAAAAGAAAUAAUGGUGAAAGUGAUAAAUAAAAUUACUCAACAGGUAUGGAUAUGGUCAAAAUCCAAGUUCAUUAACAGGAAGUUCCUUAUGGAGGAGCUGUACCAGAGAUUUCUGGAUGGAGACAUUAUACUGGACCGGGAAAGUGAUCCAUUCUGGGACCCGGUCGAGGCUAUUCAUUUAGGAUCAGCUCACAUCUGGCUGCAGUCUCUAGCAUAUUGCAUGAAACUGGAGGAACAAACAGAACUUCUGGAUUCUGAAGGGGUAGAGGAAGCCAUUCUCAUGAUAACUAUCACCCCCUGCUCCAGUACUGGAAGGCCCUUAAGCGAAGAAGAUAUUGUCAUAGACCCUUUGGAAUUAUUAGGAAGAAAAAUAGUUUUCCAGAUUCAUAUCUUACAGUGUCUCGGUGUUCGAUGGCUGAGGGAAGCCGCAGACAGGGGGAUUCAGAUUGGAUACCACUUUUAUGAUGAUCAUCAGUCUGUUUACACUAAAGCAGUCUGGAAAAACGUGAAUCCUGUCAUUGAUCAUAAAAUGCAGUUUGUUGCAUCAAAUGUAUCUAAUGGACUUUUAAGUUACCUACAAAAAAAUGCAUUGGUUGUCGAUCUAUGGGGCCUUCAAGAAGGUUGCCCUGAAAUUGACUGGUCUCUGCCAGACACAGCAUGCACAAAUGAAGGCUUUAUUCUAAUUGAUAGUAUGAAAACUGUACACUCCAGUUCAUCUUUAGUGGAUUCAAACAGUCAUGUCUCCGAGCUCUACCUGAAGUUAUUAAAGUUGGAACAAGAAACUGAACUUCUAAGGGACAUUAAUAGAGCCGUGAGAGAGGAGAAUAUUUUCCUAAAAGAGUCACUAAAGCAAUCUGGGGCAUGGAAAUGCCAAGGUUGUGACAAGCCAGUAAGGGUACAAUACCGAGACUACUCAUCCAACAGUAUACAGUCAGCAAGUUCUACAAAAGAAGUAAUGAAGCGGUCGGGCUGUAGGGCAAGUUAUGAUGCAGACUUUGCUAAAGCGCUUAAAGUUUUCUAUCAAAGCAUGAACACAAUUAGAGGACAUUUCUUGAGGCUGAAACACUACAAGCCACCGCAUUUCAUACCGUGGACCAUGGGCUUCUGAUUGAGCGACUGAUACAUUUUUGUGGACUGGAUGGCACAGUCCUAACCAGAUUCAAAUCAUUUCUCACAGGCAGGUCACAGAGUAUCAUCUGGAGUAUACUCAUCAUCAUCAGUGCCAUUGCCAUGUGGUGUCCCAGAAGGUUCUAUACUAUCCCCUAUGCUUUUUGCAGUAUACAUGAUCCCGCUGGGUGAAAUAAUCAGGCGCCAUGGCCUGGUCUACCACUGCUAUGCAGAUGAUACACAACUGUACUUGUCCUUUGCUCCGGGCACUGAUAACCCAAUAGCAAUCCUAAAUGGCUGUCUAGCUGAGCUCCAGGAGUGGAUGAGUGCCAGUUGGCUGCGAGUGAACCUGCAUAAAACAGAGGUCCUUAUCAAAGGACAAAACUACUGCAUAGCCAACCAACUGGACUUACACUCGGGGAUUCAGAAUUACAAACCACUGAUCGUGUGCAGAAUUUUGGCAUUGUCCUGGAUGGUGGCUUGACACUUAAACAUCAGAUAUCAGCCACAAUCAAAUCCUCAUUCUUUCACCUGAGGAACAUAGCCAGAAUCAAGCACUUAAUUCCCUCAGAUGAUCUGCGAAAAGUCAUACAUGUAUUUGUAUAAUCUCAAUUAGACUACUGUAAUGCCCUCUACCUUGGUCUCCCAGGAAAAGAAUUGCACUGUUUACAGCCGGUGCAAAACACAGCUGCCAGGCUGUUAACCAAACAGCCCCACUCUAGCCACAUAACACCCAUCUUCUACUCCUUUCACUGGCUGCCUGUAAGAUGGCGAAUUAUCUUCAAGAUUGGCUUACUGAGUUUCAAAGCACUACAUGACCACGGCACAAGGUACCCGAAGCAGCUUCUGAUCCCAUACUGCCCCACUCGAUUACUGCGAUCUAUAGAUGAAGGACUUUUAGCAGUAACUAGAAUCUCCCGUAAUUCAUCUGGGGGUCGAGCUAUUAGUCAUGCGGCUCCAACUCUAUGGAACUCACUUCCCCGCACAGUGCGAGAGGCCCCAACUAUAGAAUCCUUCAAAAGUAGACUCGACUUUCCUGUUUACUCAAGCAUUUUCAUGAAGUCCCUUUAGUAACUACAUGCUUCUGUAUUUUAUGAAAAGCUGUUCUGUACUUCAUUAUUUUCUGUACUAUAUUAUGCAGUGUAUCUGUUAA